AUGUCUCAGUGUGGGCUACCAGGAACCUUCCUCUUCCUCUUCUGUCUCUCUUUUUUCUCUCUCUCCGCCGCAGUCCUUGAAGUUUCGUCUCGACGUUUAUUAACAGGGACUCCAAGUGAUGAGAUCAUUAAACAGUAUCUGAUUUCCCACAACUUGGAAAGAACGAAGCUGGGGCUCCCUCCUCUCACAUGGAGCAAAAAGCUUGCAAACUUUGCAUCUUGGUGGGCGCACCAGCGUCAAGGAGAUUGUGCUUUGAUUCACUCGAAUAGCAACUAUGGGGAGAAUCUGUUUUGGGGCAGCGGAAAGGAUUGGAGACCAGGUGAUGCAGUGGCGGCGUGGGCGGCGGAGAAGUCUUACUACAACCAUAAUACAAAUACUUGUAGUAAGAAUAAAGAUUGCCUGCAUUAUACCCAGAUGGUUUGGAGGCAAAGCUUGAAGAUUGGUUGUGCCAGAGUCACUUGCAGAAGCGGAGAUACAUUUAUAGCCUGUAAUUAUGAUCCUCAUGGCAAUGUAAUCGGAGAAAAGCCCUUUUGAAAGAUGGAGAUAAUUAUAUAUAUAACUUUAUUAA